AGAUCCUAAGACUUGACGUUCCCUUUAGCAGUUUUCAUCUGUCAGAAAAAAAAAAAAAAUACGGGUUGCCCACUUGUAUCUUAUUCAAAUGGUCUUUCUGUGAAUGCAGAACGAUGUCACAAUGACAAGGCGACCCAGGUCCCUGCAUCAGCUGGAUGGGACCCCAGCCGACGUGUUGAGAAAUCAGGACAGGUUGACGUUGUUCCCUCACUGAUUCAAGGAGUGUUUGGUUAAGAGCUGCUGUGGGCAGGUGUUGCCCAGGAACAGGGGAUGCGCCAGGAAACACAGCCCUGGGUCUCAUCUCUACACAUUCCAGAAACAGAGCGGGACGAGAAAACCGAUUACAUAAUUACUUAACUAAUGGCAACCGUGUUGUGAAAUGCUGUUAAGUGCAGGACGCUAGGAGAACACAUGACAGUGAGAGCUGACCUGGCCUUGAGGAAGCUAAGGGACGGAAAAUUAUAUCUUGAAAAGAUCCACAGAGGUGAAGUCCGACCCUCUCUGGCCUCCACUGACCGCCUGAGCCACCAGCACGUCUCCUAAGUGGACAAGCGACCUCUAUUGUAAUGUCCGCAAUGGGAGGGAACCCACUCACUCGUGGGCAACCCUUCCCCUGGCACACUGCCAACCAGCCACCUUGUCCUGACUGGGGAAAGAGCCCAGCUGACUGGCCCAGGCCCACAUUCCGAGACGACCAGUCUCACGUCGCUUCCCACGGACAAGUCCGUGUAUGCAUCACCACAGGUGUUAACCUGCUUACGGGUUUCGGCCAGAGGUCCGACCACUACAUAUGUGUCAAGAAAGGGGGGACCUGCAACUUCUCCUCCUGCCCGCUAUUCCAAAAGAUUGAAGGCACCUGUUACGGCAAAAAAGCCAAGUGCUGCAUCCGUUGACUUUGGGCUGGAGCAUGGGCAGAGGGGACCCAGAAGCCAAGUGAAGUACUUGUAACUGUUGUUUGAAUAAAAGAAGGUUUUUUCGAGGCGUACGUCCUUCAGACCAAUAUGAGUCUUGUGUCUCCUUUUAGAAGAAGUUCAGAAAGUAUGAAGAUCUACACAGGAGGGAUGCAGGGGGUCCACGUGAGACUAAGGACACCUGAUGACGAGAUGACACAGCUUCAGGCCUCCCUCUGUCCCAGCAGAAGUUCACCCCUGAUUCAGCGGUCUCAGCUGCCUGCCCAUCUGCAGAGGCCAGAACCGCUGCCCUUUCUCCUCCCUGGGCCGGGGGCAGUGGGUUGUGGGUUGGAUAACCUCAGCAUUUGAGAACCUUCGCUGGGACCAUAAAGCUAUUCCUAUUUCACUCUGUAGGCCUAAUAGUAGGGCUCCCGGGUGUCCAUUCUUCACUCCAGCACAAUCACGUGGUCUAUUUACAUGUCACUUAGAAAAGCAUCCUCUACGACCACUGCCCCGCCUUUCAUCAUUUCUGCACCUUUAGGCCUGUAGACACCCACUGAUGGGGAAGAGGGAGCUGCCUUCCCUUUUUUCCAAUAAAUUUCUUACAACUCCUGA